AUGACAAAUGAGUUCAAUGCGUUAAUGCACAAUGGAACUUGGAUGCUUGCGCCACUACGUAAUGAUAUGAAGGUGGUCGGUUGCAAAUGGGUCUUUCGCACAAAGCAAAAGGCUGAUGGCACCCUGACAGCUAUUUCUAAGAGAUGGCCAGUGCUGCAACUAGAUGUGCAAAAUGCUUUUCAACAUGGUGAUCUAAAGGAGGAUGUCUAUAUAAAGCAGCACCGGGCUUUACUGACCCAACUUUUCCAGCUCAUGUUUGCAAGAUAUAAAAUGGGCACAAUAUAUAUCUUGAUUUAUAUGGAAGACAUAAUUUUGAUUGGGAGUAGUGAUGCUUUACUCCGACAGUUUUUGCAAAAAGUGGGCAUGGCUUUUUUAGUCAAAGACUUAGGAAGACUUCAUUACUUCUUAGGAAUCAACGUUGAAUGGAUGAAUGAUGGGAUCAUCUUGUGCCAAGAGCAAUACAUUCAAAAUCUUCUCCAACGUACAAAGAUGCUCGACUGUAAACCAGUUUCAACACCGGCAGCCACCUCCUCAAGCCUCUGUCAAUUUGGUGGGGAGCCCAUGGCGGAUCCAACAAAAUAUAGAAGUGUAGUGGGUGCACUCCAAUAUGCCACCUUGACAAGACUAGAUAUACAAUAUGUGGUGAACAGCAAUGCAAAGAUUGAACUAUCAGCCUUCUCUGACACUGAUUGGGCAGGUAGUCCAGAUGAUAGAAAAUCAACUGGUGGAUAUGCAAUAUUUCUUGGUAACAAUAUCAUCUCCUGGAGUUCAAAGAAACAAUCAACAGUUGCAAGAUCUAGCAUAGAAGCUGAGUAUAAGGCAUUAGCAAAUGCCACUGUAGAAGUGACUUAG